AAAUUUUCAUUUUCAAUUCUUACUUCUCUCACGAUAAUACAAAUUUUGUAAUUUUGUAUAAUUUUUUUCGAAUUUAAUUUAUAAUUUAUUUGGAAAAAAAUAAUUUUAUUAACUUUAAAAAAUCUAUCAAAAGUAUGCACACACGCGCAACCAUUCUUAAUCGCGAACCGCGAAAAGAAGAUCAUUUUGCCGUGUGCUAUUUCUUGAAGCACUCAGAUCUAAGGAGCCUGAGUACGCAGAUUAAGGACCUUGUAACAACCGCGAAAGAUGUGAUGGAGAAAGAAUUGAUCAAAAAGCGCGAGCGGUUGCGUCGUUUGCUGGAGGCAGAGAAUAAAAUCUACGAGAGGGAGUUCGCACACAAUGUCAAAACGCGCGCCGAAGAACAUAUACGCAAGCGCAAGAAAAAUUUGUUGAAAAUCAAAGAGGAGCGCACACGUCAGGAGAAAGAGUUCCUAAUGCAUAAAAAUAUACAGCAACAAAUGGAGAGUUGCGUUGAAGUGCGUGACGCGUUGCGUCUCAAAGAAACCAUGCAAACGAAGGAGGUACUAUUGGAGCAAAUGUUGGAGAAAGAAAGAGCUCAGCGGCGCGAACAUCAAUUGGAUGAUUAUUGGUGUAAAGCACACGAGACUGGCGCACGGCGAUACGAUGAACGGCAGGCAAGAGAGGAUCAAAUGAAAGCGGAUAUGAAAUGCAAAGUACGUUGCAACUUGGAGCAGCAAAUUGAGAUGCAAAAGAUGGAAGCGGAACGGCAGCGUGCACUGAACCGCGAAGAAGGGAAAGUUUUGGCGCAAAUCGCGGAAGAGGUGCGCUUGGAAGAAUUUGAUCGCAUGCACGCUGCCAGGUCGGAGAAGAUGAUUGCACAUCGCGAAGAAUUACUUGCUAUGAUUGCUGAAAAUAAAGCGCGGCGUGAUGCGCAAGAGUGUGAACGUAUAGAAGAGCAUCGCCAAUUGAUGCGCGAUGUGGCGCGCGAACAGCAGGAAUACAGCGCCGCUAUGUUACAACGUAAGCGCGCGGUAUAUAAGGCCACCAUAGAGUAUCUUGAUUAUGUGCGCUGCAUCCGCAAGUUGGAGCAGGAUGCGCAGAAUAUGCGUGAUGCGCGCAUUGACGAUUUGCGACAUGUCGAUAUCUGCACCAAGAGUAAUUUACAAAAUGAGUUAAAGCGCAAGGCGGAGAUAGCAGCGCUCUGCUACGCUGAAUUGCGGCGACAAAUGUGCGAAGAAUAUGAACGACGUUUGCGUGACCUACAAGAACAGCGUGCACCGAAAAUCAUUGUGAAUCAUUUUGCGCACCCGGAGAAGACGCGCGCUGAAACUAUGACCGAAAAACUUAAGUUUCGCAAAGCGCUCGAUAAACAAUUGUUUGAAAAUGCGCGCAUACGCGCCGAAGAGGAGGCCAAAUUCAAUGCCGAACUGAGACAGGCUGUUGCUGAUCCUGAAUUUUGUAAAGAACUAGCGGAGAAAUAUUUGAAUGAAGGACUUGACUAUUUGCCACCGCACGCUAAUUGGUUAAUUUAUGCCUGUCCACAAAAACAAUUAUUUUGUGAACCGCUUCUGCAAGGCGCUGCUGGUGAUGGUAAAGCAGACGAGAAAGAUACUUGUCGAAAGCCAUGCGGCUGUGAAGCCCGCACUGACGACAUAGAUUGUCCGUAUUAUAAUCGGUUGACGCACAAGCGUGCGCCAGACGCCGCACGGAAGCGGCUUAAGCGUGAUACUUGUUGAGGUUACGAGUGUGAGCAUAAAGUUUUAAUUUAUAUUUCAGAAAAGUUCAAAAGCUAAAAAACAACAAAAAAUUAAGUGUAAAAAUUUAACAAAAAAUUUCAAAUACAAAAAUCAAAAAUUGUAAAUUUUGUAGCAAAAAAAUAAAAUAAAAUUUUAUGCAUAUGUUUUUUAAGAAA